AUACAUAGUUUAAUUACACCGCAUGUAGAGAAAAAAAAAUCAAAUACGUACAUACGAUCGAGUUAAUAGUUAUUACUCAGACCAAACAUGCCGCCUUCAACGAAGGAACCAUGGUAUAGUUGGAGUUCUCCGAUUGGUGUUCCAAUUUUUGUAGGAGGGUUUCUUUUGUUUGUUUUCGCUGGUAUAGUUGCCAUAGGUAUUUAUACAAGUAGUGAAAGAUUCGUCUCGCCGACCCCAAAAGUACGCAUUUACGGCUUUACACUCUCACCCAAACUCGCUCCGGCGGACAACAAUAGCACUGCCACCGAAUCCCCGCCGCUCACCGCAACCUGCACCGUCGCUUUCUCGAUCGACAACAACAAUGAUGAAGGAGUAUAUGAGUACAACGAGAUCGAGGUAUUGGUUGUCUGGGAAGGCCGGAACGAGACGUUCAUGCGAGCCAACCCCAAAACCUUCACUCAAGGAAGCCUUGAACGAAAGCCCGUGUUGCUGGCCGCGACUGAUUUGCCCGUGCCGCGGGAUCUGCAAUCGACGGUGGAUUAUACGUUCACGAUCAAUAUGAAAAGUAGGGUUAGGCAAGAUCCUGGGACAGGAGGGGAGCGUGCGUUUUACAUCAAGGCAACUUGUGAGGAAGUAAAGGUUGGUUUUAGGAAAACACAAAGCGUUGAUAGAGUUGCCACCAUGUUGGAUGGACCACAUAUGUGCGGGGUUGUGAAAUUAAAGUCUAGCUUUAAUCUUUGAUUGUUAGCGCUGUUCUGUUCGUUUAAUUUAAUUAGUAGGGUGG